AUGGCUUUCGUUGCGGAUCAAUUCUUCUCUGAGAUGGAUGCGACAAUCUCCAAUGAAUGGGUUGACUUCGAUCAAUUCCUCGAUCUCCCUUCAGCCUACGAUGACCAGUCAACCGCUACUACCGUCUCACCUCAAGACCUAGCUCUGCCCUACGAGGCAGAUGGGAUCUUCACCUCCCCAUCUGAUUUCAUGCAAUCCUCCUUCGACAUGACCAACUGUGAUUUCCCACAAGAAGAGUUCAUGGGAAUGGAUGGAUGUUUCAUGCAGGACCCAGCUGUUCCUUUGUUCGAUGAUGCUUCGUUCUUGGCGUACAACCCAUACGACAGCAGCAACACAUUCCGGAACCUGGUGGAGGCACAGGCUGCCGCUGACCCGCGUGUUGGUUCUAUCAAGGAGAAGCGCCGCGAGGCAGGGAUUGCACUACACUUGCAGCGCCUUUGUGAUGACACUGCUCUUGACUUAGAUAUGUCCUCCGACUCUAACACCAGCUUCUCAUCCCCAAGCUGGUCAGAAUACCCCGGAGACCACAUCGGUCUCCGAGGCACCCCUCCAGGAGGCAUGGAGAUGAUUCUCGACUUGAACAUGAACGCCGCAGCCAAUGUGCCUAGGAAACAGAAACCUCGCUCCCAGGCACAGAAGGAGAACUACAUCAAGGCUCGGAAGUACGGUGCUUGCGAGAAGCAUAAAAAGCAGCAUAAGCGAUGCAACUGUCUGGAGAAGGCUGCCGCUCGUGCCAGUGAUGUUCCGAUGAACGCCGCACUCCAACCACGGCCGAGGCAAACGACGCCCCAAGUCCCGACCUCAGAGUCACGGUACUCGGACUCGCCGGGUCACCACUCAUUCAACCCAGCUCAACCGCUUCCCACCAUUAAGGCGAUCAGGAAACCAACAGGCUGCACAUAUGGGGUCGAUCCAUCUAUGGGACUACCUGUCGCAGUACCCACCACCAAGCAGAAUAUCAGGACGAAGACUCAAAAGAGUACGCCGCCUGGACACGAUAUUGUUCUGCUAUCUGGCAAGCUCAAUUCAAAUUCCAAUUGCACGUUGAAUCAAGACAACGUUCUACCAUCGAGCCGAAACGCCGCGAAGGGUCAUUGUGCCGGACACGACGUACUCCUAUCUGGCAAGAACAUCCCAAACAACUCAUGCGCGGGACACGAGCGACUCGUCACCCAAGAGAAGAUCUCCAAGAGCACAGCAAGUGGACAGCCCCACAAUACAUGCAGUUCAAAUUCACCUCGGCCGGCCCACGCAGCUGGGGUGUCAUCCGGCAGUUCCAGCUUGCGCUGGUGCGUUUCGACCUCGCCGGUUGGUGUUGCAUGGUCCGAGAGGACAGUCAAGACGUCCUCGGCGAACCAUUCAACUGCUUGCGACGGUCGCACUCCAGGCUUGGAUGUACACCGAACAAGGUCCACUCCCACGAUGGCAAGGUCCAUGGUGCCAGGUACUGUUGCUGGCAGCCUUGGAAUGCGCCAUUCCACUUUGCUGCGCAACUCCGGAACCCAGCUACCUGGAUCGGAUCACAGGGCUUCACAAGGACUUGCCUGGCAACUCUCAACACUGUCUGGUCUCCUACCGGUGCCAAACGAUCUAUCGGUCUCGCCGUCUCGGCGUGGAUCAUCAGGUCUUUCUGGAACUGGACGGCCACUCAUCAGCGGAGACGGUCUCCGUGUUCGAUCCGCUGCUGAAAGGACUCGCCGCCUGCUUACCAGUACUGCCUUGGCAUUUUCUGGUGCCUGGCAAUCAUCACUGUCUUUGGCAUCUGGGGUUGAGGGCGUGGUUUACAAAGCUUUGUCUCUAUUUGCCCGACAUGUUGUGUCUGCGAAGAAGGGCUUAUAUCUCGGUGGACUGCGGAACGCUUUCGUAUAG